CCAAGUGACUGGGUCUCCUUAUACCCAAACUUAGACUGUUGAAAUGAAUUUGGAUGAAACUUGGAAUUUGACUUGUUGCCGUUCUGGAUGUUUCAUUGUAGAGGAUCAGGUCUGUAGUAGAAGUGAGUGUGCACAGGUAAUCAUCCAGAGCUAUGUCCAAAGCAUUUUCUGUACAGUUCAUAGCGUGUGCUGUUGAAAGGGAAGUAAAUUAUUUUACUGCAUGAGCAAAUAUAUUUCUGUGUUUUUGUGGCUUGGCUUUCUGAAUCACCCGAUAACUGAGAGCCAGGAGAAACCUGAAUACAUGCAAACCAGAGGCCAGAAUUGUGUACUUAUACUCAUCAGAGCCAGGAAUGGAAGUAGCUCUUCUAACAAAUGGAGCUUUGUUGGUCACGGUGUACGAUUGUGGCUUAUGGGGAGGAAAUUUGGCAUGUAAUGAAAGAAGAAAAACACCAAUUUAAGCCCUUCUGAUCUAUGUCCUGCUCUUUGUGGAGUCAGUAUCACCUAGUUUACAAAGCCCUGAGUUUUAGAGGAGCUGUGAAGAAGGGGACAUACCCUUUAUUUGUCAGUUCAUGGCCCUGAAAUAAAGCUGUGGACAGGGAGGAGACACUCUGAGGUGGUCUACUUACUGCGAUGUUUAGAUACUUAGUAGAUGGUGCAGUUUUUCUGUGUGUAUGAGGAAGGAAAUACAGAGACACCGUAGCUGAAGUUACAUAGAUCAUUCGCUCCCCAGGGCACUGCCCUGACCUUGUGUAUGGAAUCCAAACAAUGAAGUUUUGAUCCCUGAGUGAGACGAAGUAACCAGUAGCUUUCCAGGGGAGUCAGCAUUUAAGCUGGGGAGCGUUCCUGGAGAUUAAUGUGACUGCUGGCAGAUGGCAUAUGAGUGAUGAUGAACAUACGCUAAUUUUUAAGUAUAUGUCUAUAGCUAAAUGUUGAUCUGUCACUGGAAGUCUCUGCUUUAGAAGACAGAAAAGAAUCUUGUUUUUUUUUAUUUUUUGAAAGACUGGCAGCUACUUUGUGUUGAAACAACCUCCCAUUUCAUGAAUUUCUACUUUUUCCUGUCCUCACAUGGACUGACAUGAUUUGUGUGUCUUAUUGUUAAGCUGUAGCUUAUUGCACUUUUGGAGGGCUGAGUGCAAUGGAGCUUAGACCUGAUCAAGGCCACUGCAUUCAGCUGCUGUACACAAAUUGAGGAUGAUAACUGCUAAUAAAGACAACUGAAUUCUCUCCAUAAGCAGAUGAUUUCUACUCCUGCCACACUGAUAUCAGAGUCUUAUACUCCCUGCAAUUUAUCAAAAGAAACAUGUCAGCACCUGGCCAAGUAAUCUUAUGACAAGCUACAGUGGACUUUAGCUUCAAAAGAAUGUUCCCAGUAUUCCUGCUGAAUUGAAGAAGCUGUCCAGGUGUUUAAAUCAGGCUUUGGCUUAACUUCUCUCCCGAUUCGGACUGUGCUGGCACAGACAAGAGUAUCUUCCCUUUAUAUGGGGAUGAUUCUACAGUUGCUGUUUCUUCUGUUGUGGAGCAGAAGAGCAUUGUCAAGUUCACUGCUGUUACAUGCACCUUGGCAGGUCCACAGUUUGCCCUUUCAUGUGCACGUUGUUCGGGGUAUGCCUUUUUAUGACCUUGCUGCUCUUUGUUUCAUGGGCCCUGCCGUGAGGCUGCUUUGCCUUCUUACUCGUAGUCCUGAUUAAAGAGCCUGCCAUGAGGAACUGUCACCAAGGAGCCUUCACAGAAAGAGACAGAGGGAGUAGUGUGCCUGCACGGUUAAAUUCCAGAAGAUUACAAGAAAGUAUCCCAGUGCAGCUUGCUUCCUGGUGACAGGGCCAGAGCGCCUGCCGGAGGUGAUUGCUGAAGUGUAGUUUGAAUAGCAGUCAUCAAGGAAAUGGGACUUGCCUGCUCUUUGUAUACAGAUUUCACUGAGAGAUUAGCAGAUUUUACUUACGGAUUUCUUUAAUGACAUGUCAGCUAGCUCUAAUCAUUUUUUAGCUUACUAACAAAGGCCCCUAAACCUACUACCAUUCGGAACACCAUGUUCUCUGGCUCCUGAAAUGCACAGAGUAAAACAAAAACCGUCCAGCAAGGUUGAUGGUAGUGCUUGACACCCUUGGUAUGUGUCACCUAAAAAAAAAAAAAAAAAAAAGCAGAGACCAGAUGAGAGUCUCGUGGGCUGAAUAGCUGACAGCCAGAGACAGCAGUUGUACUGUAUUCCUGGGUCAUUUAUUUUUGUUUGGUAGCCAUUAAGUAGUAAAGAUUAAAACAUCAAGUGACCUCUGCAGGUCAAGUCUCCUGCCUCAUGUUGUGUAGAAAGUUUCUGACAACGUAGGAGCUGUGAAAAAAUGUCCAUUAAUCGAUACACAAUUCAUCAGGUGCUGUGUAAAUCUCUGCCUUGUAACAGCACCCACAGCAACAUGGAAACUAAGAAAUCAGCUCAAGGUCUGUGGAAUUUGACACAGGGUUCUUGUUUGCAGUUCACCUCUCUGCAGUUUUGGAGCUGUUCACAACAGUUGCUCUGAAAGAGGCAAAGUAGGGAAUCAACAGCUUGUCACCACCAGUGUUGUAAAGGACCCCAGGGUCAGAGGAAACUGCCUAAAAAUCCUCUGCAGUGCACAGGCAAUGUAAUCUAACUUAUCUGGAAGUCACAGCACUUAGUUAACUCAGACCAUUUGAACCUCCCUGUUCUUUUACUGGUAUUUCAUCAGACAACAGGGCCAAAAGCUUGUUUUCCAAAUUGACUGUUGGAUCACUCAAGUCUUGUGCUUGGAUUCUUAAUGGUGAGCACAGCGUGUCUGGUGGAGAACUUUUCGACUUCCUAGCACAGAAGGAGUCUUUGAGUGAAGAGGAAGCAACCAGAUUCAUCAAGCAGAUUUUGGAUGGUGUGAACUACCUUCACUCUAAGAAAAUAGCUCACUUUGAUUUAAAGCCUGAAAACAUUAUGCUUCUAGACAAAAAUAUCCCUAUUCCACACAUCAAACUCAUUGACUUUGGUCUGGCUCACAAAAUAGAAGACGGAGUUGAAUUUAAAAACAUUUUUGGAACUCCAGAAUUUGUAGCUCCAGAAAUAGUAAAUUAUGAGCCACUGGGACUAGCUGCAGAUAUGUGGAGCAUAGGAGUCAUCACCUACAUACUGCUUAGCGGUGCAUCGCCUUUCCUUGGAGAAACUAAGCAAGAAACGCUUGCUAACAUCACAGCUGUGAAUUAUGAAUUUGAUGAAGAAUUUUUCAGCAAUACCAGUGACCUGGCAAAAGAUUUUAUUCAGAAACUCCUGGUGAAAGAUACACGGAAACGGCUUACCAUUCAGGAAGCUCUAUCUCAUCCAUGGAUAACGACUCACCAGCUGAAGGAAGAAACAAAAGUCGAAGAAAACAAGAAGGUUGAGAACACACAGCUGAAGACAAAACGGCUGAGAGAGUACACCAUAAAAUGCCAUUCGAGUAUGCCUCCCAACAAUACCUACAUCAACUUUGAACGCUUUGCGCGGGUAGUGGAAGACAUUUCACUUAUGGAACGAAAUUUCAGCACUUUGGCUGCAUCCCAUGAUUCUUUGCAGGAGGAUAUUGAUGCUCUGGUUUCCAUUUAUAAUGAGAAAGAAACCUGGUAUAAAGAAGAGAACGAAAGUGUGAGGCACAAGCUCUCUCAACUGAAGUAUGAAUACCGUAAAAUUGAAUCCCUGAAGAGGCAUCUACAAGACGAUAUCAAGACUGUAGGUGCUAGUCUCAAAGGCAUAACUGGGAAAUAUGCUGAUCUGCAGAGUCAGUAUGAAUCUCUCAGUCAAGAACUUUCCGAAGAUCUUAAGUGGAUACAGGAUUUAAUGAGUAGUUUUCAACCAGAAAAUGGAAAUGAAGCCUGUGUGAAUGGAAACUUUGACUCUGUUUUCAGCAAAGAUAUUAAUGAAUCACUAAUGGACCUGUUAAACAGAUCUUGUUGUGAAGAAUUCCUCGCAGGGUUAAAUCUUGAUGUAGCAGAAUCAAAUCAGUAAUGUUGCAGGUCGGAUUAGAUGCGGGCUUUGCUGCCUCUCUCUAUGUACAGCAGUUAAAAAAAAAAAAAAAAUCAGUUCAUAAUCUCUACACAAAAACAUCACCUAGAACUGAAAUAGAAAUUCUGAUGUAUUGCACAAGCUGCAAAACCAUAAAUACCAGUACUAAAGUUUGUAGCGUAGAAGUUAUUUUCCGAUGUUUGGUGUCUGAACUUACAGGAGGUAGAUUAUCAUUGCGGUAUGGACCACAUCUAACCCUGUGGCCUUUUGCACUGCUUAUAGUUUAUGGUUCCUUAAGUGUACCAAGUAACGAAUGUGGAAAAGCGAGUAGUUCAGCCUGUACUUACUAAAGGCCAGGUGCCUGGAAACCAAUAAAGAAUUUGUGGUAGCAUCUUUGGCUGGAUGAAGGAAAUAGUCAUGUAGACCUGCUGUGGGCAGAACAGAAGGGAGAAAUAUUUGCAAAGGUUAAAUCUGUGCUGCAGCACAAAGUAAAUGAUGUAGUAAUUUAACAUUUAGUAUUGUGGGAAUUCGCUGUGGAAUGUCUGCUGAUGAAGAACGGUUAAGAUUUUUUUUUUAAGGCCUGUUAUUCAGGUUGGGAUCUUUUACUGUGAAAAGAUAUUAGAUAAUGAUUAAUCCUUCAGGUUAAAAUUCAGAUAAAUUUCCUGUCCCGUACCAAAGAGAUUCAUUUGAAAGACAGAGCUGGGAAUUUAAUGAACUGAUCAAAUUACUGUGUAUGUAAUUUUGCAGUGCAAAUAUUAAUGUGAGUGAUAAUAAGCAUAGACAUCUGAUUUGCUUUCUACAGUAAUGCUGAUGUCACUUAGCUACAAUUGAUUUGAGACUAGUGUUCUUGCUAUGAUGCUUUUUCUUAAGUUUUAGAAAGUAAAAGAAAAGUUGGCCCAAACUUGAAUCCUGCCCUGCUGUCUUGUAUUUCAAAGAAGUCACUUGAUUAUGCAAUAUAAUGUUCACAGAUGUACCUCUCAUUUUUGGACAAUAAAUUGUUCGUUACGUAGGAUGCAAUUCUUCCUUAAUGAUGUAGUUAGUGACUGAAAAAGAGAUGUUGGGCUUCUGCAUACUGGGAAGGUUUACAGGCUAGGUUCUGCAGCUAGUUUGCAGCCCCUUUGUUUAGCUGCAUGAAUUUGCUGUGAGGUGACUGUUACACAGCUACAAGAAUUAGAGGGGUAGUAGCCAAGCAUCCCUGCGUCAAAACUGAGGUCCUUUUUUUUUUUUUUUUUAUUAAGGAAGAGAGUUUUUAUCUUUAAAAAUCACUUACAGCCCAGUGAGGGUUGAUAUCUUCAGAGAAGACUCGCAAGAAAGAGUCUGCCUACCCUCAGCUGUAAUCUCACGUCAUCUGUUCAUGUAGAUUUUCUUUAUGAACAAAUGCCCUGGCAUGAUGAGAAAGAACAUGAAAUGAGGCCACUCUGUUCCCAAGUGUGAUUGGCUGAGGUUAAUAUUUCUGUGAUUCAGUCCUUGAGGCUCGUGCUCACAGAGCCGAAGGAGGUAACUAACAUACUGCUUUUACAAAGGUAUUCUAAUGAUUGAGAAAAUGACAGGGUCAUUGCUUUGCAGGCUACUUAGAAACUGAUAGGUAGUUAUUAACAGUCAGGAGUAGUGUAAAGUGGGCUAUUUUGAUUUGCUGAUGGCUGUACUGCCAAAAGGUCACUCAGAAAUUUUUCAUGAUGAUUACACAGCUGACAUUUAGCCAGUGACAUUUUUUCCACUUCGAAUUGAUUUCUGCUUAAGGUUUUUGUUGUACCAUGCUAGCCACUUGCAGCACGAGGAAAUGAUAUUUAGUGUUUAUAUGCCCCAGUUCUACAGUGCACAAAUGGUGUAUACAUCUAGAUGCGAAGGAGAUCUAGCCCACAACUCAGCAUUUGUACAAAUCAGAACUGUACCCACAGCAUUUGAGGAGAUAAGUGACGUUUCUUGUCUCAUGAACAUCCUUACUUUGCUUGAAAGAAUGUUUAAUCCUCACUGAUGUGUUUUUCAUUCUCCUUUAGUACUCUUUCUUUGGUUGUCUGCUUUGGUUGCAUUCUAGUCCAGUUCAGUACAAAUAUUUCUGAGUUGUCCACCUCCUGCAUAAGCAAAUUCCAGAUGAGCUGAAAUGGUUGUCACUCCGUAAUCUUUGAAGGGUUGUCUCCCAGCCUUUUUCUUUCACUUUUACCAGAUCUAGUACUGAGCUUUUAUUAUGUCAUUCCCAGUCGAAUACAGGUGUCUGGUCUAUGCAUACGUUGAUGUGGAUUUGGAGUUCAAAAGUACUUCAUUUUCAGAAGAGCCGUGUAAGGAUCUGCAGAAUAUCUGUUCUUUAACUCCGGGUUGGCAUCCCAAAAUUUUAAGCAUGUGUCUGAAUUCUGAUGUAUAUGCUCUUUUUUUCUUUUUUUCCCCAUUAUUAGAUAUUAUAAUUCUUUUCUCAUUUAUUUACUGCCAGGGUAUCGGUGUCUCUGCUCUCAUUUUGGGUAUGGUUAAAGGACAGAGUCUGAAUUUUCUUCAAAUAUACUGUAGCAUAUAUCCUGCUAACUAAUAUUCAAUUACAGCUAACCUUUUCCCAUUUUAUUGUGAUGUUUUCAGCAAAACAUGCUGGAGUGAGUUUGAUGAAGUGCUGCUAAGGUGAUGAAGGGAUUGGAGCAUCUCAUAAAUGGGGAGAGGCUGAGAGAGGUGGGAUUGUUCAGUAUCAAAAGGAGAAGGCUUGGUGGGGAACUUAGUCUAUAAAAACACCUGGUCAACAGGAGUACAGAAAACUAAGCUAUGCUGUCCUUAUGCACCAAAGGAAGCUGAACAAUAAAAUU